UUAGAAAUGUUUGUUGAAAGUCAUAACAAUCGUUAUACCAGUAGCUGUCCAGCUAGUAGGAGCAGCAUGGAAUCUCUUGACCUUCUGGACAACACAGGUGAUGACUCGUUAUUUUUGGUUGGAGAGAAUCAGUGGAGAGGAGGUUCUGCUCGAUAUGGUCGCAGAGCAGAAAUGAUACCUACAUCUACCUCAGGUUCGAUGACUCCUGAAUUCUUAAAGGACAUUGGUACUUCUAAGUCAGCAGAAUGGACCAGACUGAGAAAAAACACUGACCAGUUGUUGGAAGAAUGCUGGCUAUCAUUACACAACUUUGCACAAUCACACAAAGGUCGUUUAACAACAACAGCAGUGGAUGAAAGGGACAUACUAGAUCUUUACAUGCAGAAAGAAAGAAUUAAAGGACAGCUGGUUUCACGUAUUGCAAAUGAUGGCAGCAGAAUGUUUAAGAUGGUUGAAAAUGAUGGCACUGAAAUCACAGACUUCGAGGGUGACUUCUUUAUUCCAGUGCUCCCAGAGGGCAUUCAGCUAACACUAAACAUUUUAUCAACUUGGGGUGACAAGCAUUAUGUUGGAUUAAAUGGUAUUGAGGUCUUCACUCACAAUGGAAAACCGGCUCAGGUUGAGAAGAUUGGGGCAGAACCAGCUGACAUAAAUGUUCUACCUGACUACAGUCAUGACCCAAGGGUUGUAACCAACUUAAUUGAUGGAGUUUAUCGCACCAAAGACGAUAUGCACCUGUGGUUGGCCCCUUUCACACCAGGCAACAAUCACUAUGUUUUCCUGCAAUUUUCUCAGCCUGUUAGAGUGGCAAUGAUCCGAAUCUGG